UGCAGUUGCAGACUUCCAGGAGAGACUCCCAAUCCUGUCCAGUCCUAUCCACCUCUCUCUCUCUCUCGUCCAGCACCCUCAGACUCAGCAGCAUGUACAGCUACCAGCGGUCCAGCGGCCCCGCCUUCAGCGGCGGCUCCACCAUCAUCUCCCAGCGUCGCGUGGGCACCAUGUCGUCCGCGCCCAAGGCCUUCAGCGUCUACGGCGGCGGCGCCGGAGGCGGCACGCGCAUCUCCUCCUCGUCCAUGCGCACUCUCUCCUCAGGCUACGGUGGCGGCAUGGGCAUGGGCAUGGGCAUGGGUGGCGGCGGCGGCGGCGGCUUUAACCUGUCCAGCGCCCUGGACUCGGACAGAGUCCACGUGAACGAGAAGGCCACCAUGCAGAACCUGAACGACCGCCUGGCCAACUACCUGGACAAGGUGCGCUCGCUGGAGAAGGCCAACGCCGAGCUGGAGGUGAAGAUCAGGGAGUACUAUGAGCAGAAGGGCCCGGCCGCCGAGCGGGACUACAGCAACUACUGGGCCAUCAUCAACGACCUGAAGGACAAGAUCAACGGUGCUACCAUCGACAACGCCAACAUCCUGCUGCAGAUCGACAACGCAAAACUGGCUGCUGACGACUUCAAGACGAAGUUUGACCAUGAGCUGAUGAUGCGCCAGUCUGUGGAGGCGGACAUUGGCAACCUGCGUCGCCUGCUAGACCAGACCACCCUGACCAAGGCUGACCUGGAGAUGCAGAUCGAGAGCCUGCAGGACGAGCUUGCCUUCCUCAGGAAGAACCACCAGGAGGAGCUCGCUGCCCUCCGCUCCCAGAUCACCCACAACGUGAACGUGGAGGUGGACGCCGCACCCCAGCAGGACCUCAACAGGGUUCUGGACGAGGUCCGCAGUCAGUACGAGGGCAUGAUCGACAAACACCGCCGCGACCAAGAGGCCUGGUUCAACGACAAGUCCAGUGCCCUGAGCAAGGAGGUGGCCAUGAGCACAGAGACCAUCCAGACGACCAAGACAGAGAUCAACGACCUUAGGCGCACAAUGCAGGGCCUGGAGAUCGAGCUCCAGUCUCAACAGAGCAUGAAAGCAGCGCUGGAGAACACGCUGCGUGACACAGACGCCCGCUACAGCGCCAUGCUGGGCGGCUACCAGAACCAGAUCAACAUGCUGGAGCAGGAACUGUCGCACAUGCGCUCCAGCAUCGAGCAGCAGGGCAGCGAGUACAAGAUGCUGCUGGACAUCAAGAGCCGCCUGGAGCAGGAGAUCGCCGUCUACAGGGGACUCCUGGAGAAGGAGGAAUCCCGGUAGUCACCUGCUACCUGUAGCCGAGGGAAGGCAUUUGUGUUGCCAUGGUUAUGCGGGGGGGGGGGGUUGAUAGUGACAGAGGAUUGCUUUAGAGAAGAAGUUGUUGUUGACAUGGCAGUAAAAUGCCGUGAAGAAGUCUGCCAUGCGUUUUUGUUUUCUUGUUACAAGUGCCCUUUGUCAUGGACAGGUCAUGAAUAAAUCCCUCUUUUUGGCAAUUAA